AUGCUCCCUGAAUUUGUUGUGUAUUUCUUUCUUUCUUUCUUUCUUUCUUUCUUUCUUUCUUUUUUGUCUUUCUUUUUUCAGCAUCGUCCUCUGUGCUUUCAGAGUUUCUAUCUUUCUCGCUCUCUUUUUCUCUGUCUCUUUAUUUCUCUCUCUUUAUUGCUUUCUCCCUUCCUCUCUCUCUCUCUUGCUCUCUCUCUCACGUGCGUGUUUCUAUUUUAUUUAUUUUUCUUUGUUGCGUUUAUAUUUCUUCUUUCUCUAUUUCCCUCUCUCUCUUUCUUUCUCUCUUUUUCUUUCUUUUUUAUGUCCUUCUCAACAGCACUUUUUUUUUGUAAAUCCUGGCCAGCCGUUCAGAGCUUCGCUCACUCUUUCUCGCGCGCGCGCCCGUUUCCGUCUUGUUUUUUUUCUUCUGUCCCUACUUUCUUUCUUUCUUUCUUUCUUUCUUUCUUUCUUAACAUCCUCCCCGUGUUUUUAUUUGUAAAUCGUGGCCUGGCAAUUAGCCUUUUCACGGUUUCUCUCUCUCUCGCGUGCGCGUGCGUGGAUGUUUCCCCUUUGCUUCUUUCUCUCUUUCUUUGUCUGUUGUCUUUAUAUUUCUUCUAUCUCUCUCUCUCUCUAUUUCUUUCCUUUUUUUAA